AUGGGUUACGCUGAUAAACUCCAGGGCAAGACCAUUGUGGUGUUUGGGGCAUCAACAGGAAUCGGAUUUGGAGCCGCCGCUGCGUUUCUCGACGUGGGCGCCAACGUUAUAAUCAUUUCGUCCUCCCAAGAGAAAAUCGAUAAAGCUGUAGGGCGUCUUGAUAGCCCUCAGGCGAAAGGCAUAGCGGUCAACGUACGGGAUGAGAAAGCCGUGGUUGCGGCUCUGCAAUCCCUGGCUCCUGUUGAUCAUGUAGUGUUUUCUGCUGUCGACAACAUCAUUCGAGGGAAGCUCGAAGACUUAGAGCUCGAAGACGCGAAAUAUUUAUUCGGUGUCAAGUUUUGGGGAGCAGUUACGGUCGGAAAGGCUGUGCUGAAAUACGAUAUUAUUCGUCCAGGUGGUUCUUUGACCCUCACAUCUGGGACGGCUGCUAUUAAACCCGGGAAAGGAGCCGCUGUAGGUGGUGCUUUGAACGGCGGUGUCUUGACUCUUACCAAAGGGCUGGCUGCGGAUCUCUCAGAGAAGAAAGUCCGAGUGAACACAGUGGUUCCUGGGCUGGUCAAAACAGAGCUUUGGGACAAGCAAGGGAAAACCCCAGAAGAGCAGCAGGAGCUUUUUGACAACAGCAGCUCCAAGUUGCCAGUGGGGUUUGUAGCAACUCCAGACCAUAUCGCUGAGGCGUAUUUAUACGCCGUACGGGCAGACUAUGCGACAGGUACAUUAAUCGAAAUUGGUAAGCUUUUCAGUUCCACCGCUGAGACAUCAAAAUACUGA